AUGGACCCUUCCCAGAACCAGCAGCAAGGGCAACAGCAACAGGCCAGGCCGGUAUACGACACCAGCCACGGUGGACACUAUGGCGCGAGCGCAGCGCUGUCCGCCCAGGGUUAUGCGCCGGCCGAGCUCUACACGGGGCCUUGGGCGAACGUUCACCAGGGCCUCAAUGGGCAGUACAAGGAUAUCCUGACGACAUACUGGCAGCAGACGAUCAACCACCUCGAGAGCGACUCCCACGACUACAAGCUCCACCAGCUGCCGCUCGCACGUAUAAAGAAGGUCAUGAAGGCGGACCCAGAGGUCAAGAUGAUUAGCGCUGAGGCGCCGAUACUGUUCGCCAAGGGUUGUGAUAUCUUCAUUACGGAGCUGACUAUGCGAGCAUGGAUUCACGCCGAGGAGAACAAGCGACGAACCCUGCAGCGGUCCGACAUCGCUUCGGCACUCGCCAAGUCCGACAUGUUCGACUUCCUCAUUGACAUUGUCCCCCGCGAGGAGGCAGCAUCGCACUCUAAAAGGCAGGCUGGCCAGCAGCAGGCCGGCCAGGGUGUGCCGCAGGCAGCUCAGGCCUUGCCCGGACAGCACGUCCAAGCAAACCACGCACAGCACCCCAUGGGUCCGACGGACUAUGGCAUGCCCGGCCACGCCCUCGGCACGGAGGCCGACUACCGUCAACCGCCUAACAUGUACCCUGGACAAGUCGCCCCCAACCCUCAGGCUGCAUACGGUCAGGCACAGGCUCCUAUGUAUGGCGAGAUGCCCCCCAUGUACGGCUAUGAAGCCAUGCAGCCACAACAAAGCGCCUGA